AUGACAGCAGGAUUUCCAGCAACUAUAUUUUUGCUCUUAUUCAUUUCGUUUUCUGUACACGCAGAAUUCCAGAAAAUUAAAUUCAAAAAUUGCAAAUCAUUAUUUAACAUCAAAAAUGUGGAAGUGAAUGGAUGUGUGGACACACCGCAGCGUCAUUGUGCUUUCAGAAGGGGUACUACACCACAUUUACGGAUUGAAUUCGUACCCACAAGAACAACGGAGACUCUUGAAACUACAGUGCGGGCAAAAAUUGCUGGUGGCGUCAUUGUAUCAUUCAAUUUAGAGCAAAAAGACCCAUGUAAAGGUGGUAACCUGACAUGUCCACUUAAGGAAGGCAAAACAUACUACUAUGAGCAAGGUGUUUCCAUACUUGAAGAAUAUCCCCAGGCAUGUCUUAUUAUUUUCUUAAAAAAACUAUGUGAAAUAUAUGAAAGUAAAUGA